AUGCGGCAAAAGAUCUCUCGCGGAUUCGCUCCACGCGUACACACGCUACUUAUCGAAGUUGCAGACCGUCAUUCGGCGAAUGCGCCACUCGAACAAGAUUCAAUUUUUCAAAAGAAACGCUUCAACAGUGUAUUAUAUGCUGUGUCGAAUUCACACAACAUGCGAUAUUAA